AUGCUGUCCUGGCUCUGGCUCAUCUCCAAGCACGUGGGCCCCUCGCUGCUGUCCCUGCGCCCCGCCCGCCGUGCCUGCGCGCUCCCGCCGCACUGGGCCCCGGGGCGGCCCCUGGGUCCCCGGCCGGCGGCCCCGCGCCGCCCUCUGGCUGCGCUGGCCUCGGCCGGGCCCUCCUCGCGGGUGCGCCAGAACUUCCACCCGGACUCCGAGGCCGCCGUCAACCGCCAGAUCAACCUGGAGCUCUACGCCUCCUACGUGUACUUGUCCAUGGCCUACUACUUCUCCCGGGACGACGUGGCCUUGCACAACUUCGCGAGGUACUUCCUCCGCCAGUCCCGCGAGGAGACCGAGCACGCGGAGAAGCUCAUGAGGCUGCAGAACCAGCGCGGGGGCCGGAUCUGCCUGCAGGCCGUGAGGAAGCCAGAGCGGGAUGACUGGGGAGGCGGGCUGCAAGCCAUGGAGUGCGCCCUGCGGCUGGAGAAGGAGGUGAACCAGUCCCUGCUGGAGCUGCACUCGCUGGCCUCGGACAGAGGGGACCCGCACCUGUGCGACUUCCUGGAAACCCACUACCUGCAUGAGCAGGUGAAGUCCAUCAAGGAACUAGGGGACCACGUGCACAACCUAGUCAGGAUGGGGGCCCCAGAGGCCGGCCUGGCCGAGUACCUUUUUGAUAAACAUACCCUUGGAAACGAAAACAAGCACAACUAA